UUUAAUGACAGAACUUGGGUGGCACUCAAUUGAAAUCUAGCAAAGAUGAGGCUAAGAAAGCAUUCCACGAAUUGAUGGAUGUAAUCGACAAAGCACUGACAUCAGCCCAAACCGCUUUGGAUAAAGCAGUGGAAGAAGUGAAAGCUGAAGCUGCUGAACUGGAAGGCAAAGCCAACAGCGAACUGGACAAGGUACUGGACCCUCUAAGGACAAAAUUGAACGACCUGGUUGCUGAGGCCACAGCCAAAGGUUUUGACGUAUCCACGUGUCAAAGCUACGUCGACGGUUUUUCCAACGUUCCAGACCAACUAGUGACCGAUUUGGGAGAAUGUAUCACCACUCAAGUUGAAAAGGCCCAAGGGUACGUGAACGAUGCAUUGACCAGCAUCAAGAAGAUCGAAGAAGACCUAAACACUAUUGAUUCUGACAUCGAUAACUGCGGUGGCAACGAAUUCAAAAAAAUCAAAUGCUACGCCAAGAUUAUCGAAGAAAUCGAGAAAGAUACUAAAGAUGCUCCAGCUCAUAUCGCAGAAGAUGUAACAAAGGCUACAGCAUUAGUAACCGAAAUUGUUCCAAUUUUGGAACAGUGCUUUACUGAUAAAUUGAAGAAAGCUGGAGAUGAUGCUACUACUAAAGAUGUGGCAGAUUUUGCAAUCUGUCUUUGCACUUUAAUAUAUUUUCGAACGUACUCAAAUUAUCGUGAUUGAUUUUUUUAUAUUAAGAAAACAAUUAAAGAACCUUAUCUGUAAGCAAUUAAAUUUAUGUUUUAGUAAAUGUUUAUAUUAAA